AUGGCACUGUUUGUAAUAGAGGGGUUAGAAUGUAUGGAGCUCACAGUUGGCAAUGGCACAGUUGAGAGCCUCCGGACGGGCAAGAAGGAGUACCCAGGAAACUACGGGCCUAUCAGUCUCACUUCAGUGCCUGUUAAAAUCAUGGAAAAUAUUAUUCUUGGAGGUACUGAAAAAUGCCUGGAGGACAACACAGUCAUUGGUCACGGCCAGCACGACUCCAUGAGUGGAAAGUCCUUCUUGUCAAACCUAAUUUCCUCCUACGACAAACAAGGUGCUGGCUGGGUCCAACUGCUGCAACCUCCAGGCCCAGGUAGGGCACACAGAAGAGAGUGUGCUAGAGAAGAAGGACCAGCCAGCCUUGCAUGGGAGAAAAGAUCCCUCCAAGAUUUCCAGGAAGGUGCAGAAGCCCAGAAGAUAGGUGAGUGCUCUGCAGGCUGUAAUGUGGGACCAUCAUGCCAGAAGAAGAGCAGCAAACAAGUUCAUCAAUCAUCGGCAGGAUUUACUACAAAGAUCCAUCAGAAUUGCCUGUGCUACAGCCUGCCAUUUUUGACUUGGGCUUCAUGGCAGAAGACUAUUAAGAGAGAAAAACUGAUAAGGAUUCUCUUGACACUUCUGAAACAUGGAGGAUACGCAUGUGUGACAGGGACAGCCACCUCCAACAACAUACUAAAUAAUGACACAUCAAUGACACAAAGAGAUCUGGAUAACUUUGUAAACCAAAUUCAUCUGAGAAGUAUGUCAAAAUGCAGAUCACAAGCAUAUUUGGCAAUGAAGAAUGGCGGUCACACCUGUGGGAUGAGGGAGUGUGUUUUUGAAACUGGGACUCUCCUCAAAAUUAACCCCCUGAAAAGGCAUCUUGAAAAAAAAAUAGCAGCAGGGCAUAACAACAACCCUCGCAUAAGUAAGCAAUGAAUCGUGAAACAGAAAAAACAUCCAAGGAUGGGAUCUUUUAAAAAUGUCUCCUAUAUAAAUAUUUCCCAAGUUAAAAUUAAAUUGACAAUUCAUUUUUCUCAGAAGCCAGUAAUGCACUUCUUUCAGAUACUUUCUGACCAGCAAGGUGUCAUAUGACACCAUAUGCAUAACAGUGCCUAAGAUCUGCAGUGUCAGUGUGAUUGCUUACUCAAUGAAAGGAGUGGUGACAUUCGUACUACUGUCAAAUGUUCUACUUUCAUGAGGGCAGAAUUCAGGUUUGUGCAUUCGGGGCACCAGAUAAAUAUGUUGGACAAGGAACCAAAUGCUGCUGUCCCCAGAGGAGUCUGCAAUAAUGCAUUUCAAACUUUCAAAGUCUUAGCCUGUAGUACAGAAGCUGCACAAACCAGUGGUUUCUGGAAGUUCUAAGCAAGGAAUUCUUCUUAUGUAGUCCAUCUUGCCAGCAUGUCUGAUUGCAAAAAAUGCUUAUGAAUUAAGGACCAGUAUGACUCUACAGUUGAAGAGCCGAGCUGAGAGCUCUGUUCUGAAAUCAUUUAUGCUGCACAGUUGAGUAGAGACUACUGAGGUGGAGUCGCUUGCCCAGAGUCAGUUAAAAACUAGAGAAUUGAAUAAAGUUCUUCAGUGCCUGAACCACUAACAGAACAUAACUUCUAAGUGUUCAUCAAAGAGCAGAACUUUUUUUUAAUUCCUUGCUAACAACUUUCCACAAACAGCAAUAAGGUUUGCAAAGAAGUGCAAUGUCAGACCCUCUAUGUCAGCAUUCUUGACCAAAAACUGGAAGUGCAGCAGGAGUCUGGUUUCUAUCAUAGCCUCACAGAUAGUGGAUCCUCAGAUCUGGAAAUUCAAAACAGUCCUCUCAAACUGGAUAUGAAGCGUCACACAUCUCAUCUAGUCUAUUGGCUCCAAGGAUGGAGCUCCUUCCUAUGCCAAUGGCCAUAAUUACGCAGGGAUAUGCAAAGCUGUACUUGAAGAAACUCUGCCUGUUUUGAUGAUGGCAUCACAGAGAAGGUCAUCUGUCUAAAGCCCACAAGCAGUUUCAUCCAAGCAGACUUCAGAAUCCAGUGCCCUAGAGCUCCUUGAAGAAUUUCAGAAAGCUGGGAGAAGAUUUCUUUUUGCUCCUCUAUGAUACUGAGAAAGAACUAUUGAACCAGUUCUCCCUAGGUGAGCUGCAGCUCUGAAAUCUCCUUUAUUUUCCCUAUUUUUAAUGUCUAACUGCCUGAACUGGUCCUAUACAGUAUAGUACAGAUCUAACUACUUUCUAAUGUAUUUAAAUGUAUGUAAUAAAAG